AUGGAAACAGUUAUUGAUGUAACAAAUGAAGACACUGUGUUGGUGGCAAUGGAGUCGACUGCCUGUGAACCUCAUCAUGCAGCUUUACCGGAACUUUCUGGAGUUUCCUCCAUUACAUCACAAAGUGAGACCGUUGAAGGUCCUGACCAGCAGCAGCUUCGAGUGUACUUGAAAGUGCGCCCUUUCAGCGAAGAGGAACUCAAAAGCAAUGAAGAUCAGGGUUGUGUUGUGAUGGAAAGCUCUGAGACCAUUGCCCUUCAUGCACCCAAAGGAUCAGCAACCAUGAAGAGCAGCGAGAAAGGAAUAGGCCAACAGGUCUAUAAAUUCAACUUCUCACAGAUCUUUGGGCCAAAAUGUACUCAAGAGGAGUUCUUUGGAGGAACGAUCAGUUCACAAGUGCAGGACUUUCUGAAUGGAAAAAAUGCAUUGGUGUUCAGCUAUGGAGUGACCAAUGCUGGAAAAACGUACACCAUACAAGGUUCUCCAAAAGAGCCUGGCAUUUUGCCACGUACUUUAGACGUUGUGUUCAAGCAUAUCGCUGGCCACCAGUAUGAGCACAUGGACCUGAAGCCAUAUUUAAGUGCAGAUGUGCAAAAACUGGACUUCGAGCAACUUAAAGCAGAGAGGAAUGCCAAGGCGGCACUCUUGAGUCUGCUCAAAGAGGAGCAUGAGACCACAAAAUCCAGAAGUAGAAGCUCCUCAUCCGUCAAUAGUCUGUCAUUUUCUGGAGUCUCAUAUGAUCAUACAGCUGACAGUGCAGACGGAGUGGUUGACGAAGGGCAUUGUCUUUACUCCGUUUGGGUGGCUUUUUACGAGAUCUACAACGAGCAUGUGUAUGAUCUGCUCCAGCCGAGCCAAACCAGCAAAACCAAAAGACGUGCUGCCCUGCGAGUGUGUGAAGACGGCGCUGGGAGCUCUUACGUCAGAGAUUUGAAAUGGGUAAAUGUGCAGAAUGCAGACGAGGCCAGUAAGUUUCUGCGGGUUGGCAAUAAGAACCGCAGUGCAGCAGCAACGAAGAUGAACCAGUCUUCCAGCAGAAGUCACAGCAUCUUCACCAUCAAACUGAUACGGAUUGAGGGAGUGGAUGUUCAGGGACUGUCGGAUCUUUCGCUUUGUGACUUGGCUGGCUCUGAAAGAUGCAACAAAACGAAAACGUUUGGAGAUCGUCUGAAAGAAGCUGGAAACAUCAACAAUUCCUUGCUGAUCCUGGGCAAGUGCAUUGCGGCACUCCGGAAUAACCAAAGUGACCGGCCGAAGACCAAUUACAUCCCAUUUCGAGAAAGCAAACUGACGCGGCUGUUCCAGGGAAUGUUCUGUGGCCGUGGCAGGGCUUCCAUGAUUGUGAACAUUAACCAGUGUUCCUCCACUUAUGACGAGACUCUCCAUGUCAUGAAGUUCUCUGCGGUUGCUAAGCAGGUUGUACAGGUGAUCCCUCAGCGAUCUCUGGAGUCUCUGGCUCCACGACUGGUUGGUCGGGAUGGGAAGUCAUUGCUCAAGAAUGGAGUGAUUGAUGAUCAGGCCGUGGAUGUUUACCUAUCAGAGGAAGAGUUGCUGGAUGGUGAUGAUGAGGCUGAUAUGUCAAUAUUACCCCAAGAGGAGCUGAUGAACUUGGUGGAGACUUUGCGUGUCAAGUUGUUGGUCGAGCGCAGAAAGAAUCUGCUGCAGGAAAUACAGAUACGGAAAGAAAUGGGGGAUGCAAUGCUGCAGCAAAUCAUGGAGGCGGAGGAGCUGCACAGUCGUCAGAUAGUUGAUCUAAAGGAGAGCUAUGAAGAGAAGAUGGACAGCACGUUUGACAUGUAUAAAGAGGCUUUGAAGGAGCAUGCGUACCAGUGUGCUCUGGAGAGACUGGAGGACGAUUACGUUCCUUUAGAGGAAUACAAUGAGGAGCAAGAGCGAGUCCAAGAGCUUGAGAAGCUUGUGAGUGAGUUGGAACAGAAAUGCAGGUGUUCUGCAUCCAGUCCGUCAUCCAGAUCUACAACUCCUCUCAAACAAGAGAACUCCAUGCAGACAGACCCUUUGCCGGCCAAAGAGGAGACUGGUGUGUUGAGGUUUAAACUGUUGUACAAGGAGAAGUGUGUUUUGGAGAAAAUGUGUGUUGAGAAGCAAGAGUUGAUCGUGUCUCUGGAGCAGCGGAUCAGCGAGUUGAAUGAGACCCUGCAGGAAGCAGGCGAGAGCUACAUGGAGAAACUUGCUGAGGUCCAGAAUCUUCAGAACAAACUCUCGAGCCUGGAGCGAGAAAUGGAGCGCUUGCAGAGCGACGUCUCGAGCAAGGGGACGGAGUUGAGCAGUUUGAGGGAGGAGAUGGCAAAGUUGACAAAUGACUCUGCCGGGCAGUCCCGUACAAGACGUGGUCUGUUGGUCAACAUCAAAGAAUCGAUGACGCCACAGUCUACGGGCAGCCUGUGCCGCACGAUUAGAAAGUCCGUAAGGGCUACAACGUCUCUUAGGAAGAAGCCUAGCUGA